CCAUGGCAGGACCCCGGGGCCUCCUCCCGCUCUGCCUCCUGGCCUUCUACCUCUCAGGCUUCAGCUUCAUCAGGGGGCAGGAUUUGGAUUCUGGAGUCUCAGCCUUAAAAAGUCCCCAUGAGCCAGGUCCCAGCUUGGGAGAAUUUCAUCCACCUUCUCACCAAAGGCUUCACACUCAUGUCUCCUCAACUUCCCCCAGCAGCGGCUCUGUGGGAAGCCGACGUUGCAAAAUCAGGGGCUGUCCAAACGCUGUGAUGUGAAAACCACGCUUGCCACUCAUGUACCCUGCACCUCGUGCGCGGCCGUCAAGAAGCAGACGUGUCCUCCAGGCUGGCUUCGGGAGCUCCCGGAUCAGAUAGCCCAGGACUGCCGCUACGAAGUACAGCUGGGGGGCUCUAUGGUGUCCAUGAGCGGCUGCAGACGGAAGUGCCGGAAGUACAUGGUGGAGAAGGCCUGCUGCCCUGGCUACUGGGGCUCCCAGUGCUAUGAAUGCCCUGGCGGUGCCCAGACCCCAUGCAAUGGCCACGGGACCUGCUUGGAUGGCAUAGAAAGGAAUGGGACCUGUGUGUGCCAGGAAAACUUCCGUGGCUCAGCCUGCCAGGAGUGCCAAGACCCCAACCGGUUCGGGCCUGACUGCCAAUCGGUGUGCAGCUGUGUGCACGGCGUGUGCAACCAUGGGCCACGUGGAGAUGGAAGCUGCCGGUGCUUUGCUGGAUACACUGGCCCCCACUGUGAUCAAGAGCUGCCCAUCUGCCAGAAGCUGCGCUGUCCCCAGAACACCCAGUGCUCUGCAGAGGCCCCCAGCUGUAGGUGCCUGCCCGGCUACACGCAGCAAGGCAGUGAAUGCCAAGCCCCCAACCCCUGCUGGCUAUUACCCUGCUCACCGCUGGCCCAGUGCUCAGUAAGCCCCACGGGGCAAGCUCAGUGUCAUUGUCCUGAGAACUACCAUGGCGACGGGAUGGUGUGUCUGCCCAAGGACCCGUGCACCGACAACCUUGCUGGCUGCCCCAGCAACUCUACCUUGUGUGUGUACCAGAAGCCAGGCCAGGCUUCCUGCAUCUGCCGGUCAGGCCUGGUCAGCAUCAAAAGCAAUGCCUCUGGGGGCUGCCAAGCCUUCUGCUCCCCCUAUUCCUGCGACCGGUCAGCCACCUGCCAGGUGACCGCUGAUGGGAAGACCAGCUGUGUGUGCAAGCAGGGCGAGGUGGGGGAUGGGCGUGCCUGCUACGGACACCUGCUCCAGGAGGUGCAGAAGGCCAUGCAGACAGGCCGGGUGUUCCUGCAGCUGAGGGUCGCCAUGGCCAUGAUGGACCAGGGCUGCCGGGAGAUCCUCACCACAGCAGGCCCGUUCACCGUGCUGGUGCCGUCCAUACCCUUCUCCUCCUCCAGGACCAUGAACGCAUCCCUCGCCCAGCAGCUCUGCCGACAGCACAUCAUCGCAGGGCAGCACAUCUUGGAGGACACGAAGUCCCAACAAACACGAAGGUGGUGGACGCUGGCUGGGCAGGAGAUCACUGUCGCCUUCAACCAAUUCACGGUGAGGGAGGAGGCUCAGCCUAGGGACAACAGGAGUCACGGCCUGGCAAGGGUGUGCAGGUGGAAGGGAGCCUCAGGACAGGGGGCUGGCCUAUGGGAUCUGGCCAGACCUCUUGUGUCUUCUCAGAAAUACUCUUACAAGUACAAAGACCAGCCCCAGCAGACAUUCAACAUCUACAAGCCCAACAACGUAGCAGCCAAUGGCAUCUUCCACGUGGUCACUGCCCUGCGGUGGCAGCCCCCCUCUGGGAUCUCGGGGGAUCCCAAGAAAACUAUCAGUCAGAUCCUCGCCUCUACAGAGGUCUUCAGCCGCUUUGAAACCAUCCUGGAGAACUGUGGGCUGCCCUCCAUCCUGGACGGACCUGGGCCCUUCACAGUCUUUGCCCCAAGCAAUGAGGCUGUGGACAGCUUGCGUGACGGCCGCCUGAUCUACCUCUUCACAACAGGUCUCUCCAAACUGCAGGAGUUGGUGCGGUACCACGUCUAUAACCACGGCCAGCUGACCGUUGAGAAGCUCAUCUCCAAGGGCCGGAUCCUCACCAUGGCCAACCAGGUCCUGGCCGUGAACAUCUCUGAGGAGGGCCGCAUCCUGCUGGGACCUGAGGGGGUCCCGCUGCAGAGGGUGGACCUGCUGGCCUCCAAUGGUGUGAUCCACAUGCUGGAUGGCAUCCUGCUGCCCCCGACCAUCCUGCCCAUCCUGCCCAAGCACUGCAGCGAGGAGCAGCACAAGAUCGUGGUGGGCUCCUGUGUGGACUGCCAAGCCCUGAACACUAGCACGUGCCCCCUCAACAGUGUGAAACUGGACAUCUUACCCAAGGAGUGUGUCUACAUCCAUGACCCAGCUGGGCUCAAUGUGCUAAAGAAGGGCUGUGCCAGCUACUGCAACCAAACCAUCAUGAAACAAGGCUGCUGCAAAGGUUUCUUCGGGCCUGACUGCACGCAGUGUCCUGGGGGCUUCUCCAGCCCCUGCUACGGCAAGGGCAACUGCAGUGAUGGGAUCCAGGGCAACGGGGCCUGCCUCUGCUUCCCAGACUACAAGGGCAUUGCCUGCCACAUCUGCUCCAACCCAAACAAGCAUGGAGAUCAGUGCCAGGAAGACUGCGGCUGUGUCCAUGGUCUCUGCGACAACCGUCCAGGCAGUGGGGGGGUGUGCCAGCAGGGCACGUGUGCCCCUGGCUUCAGUGGCCACUUCUGCAAUGAGACCGUGAGGUACUGCGGGCCCAUAGAGAUGGCCGUGCACUGCCACCUGCAUGCCCACUGUGUCACCCAGGGGGGCUUUGCCAGGUGUCGCUGUCUUGAUGGCUUUGAGGGCAAUGGCUUCUCCUGCACACCCAGCAACCCCUGCUCCCACCCGGACCGUGGUGGCUGCUCAGAGAAUGCUGAGUGUGUCCCUGGGGCCCGGGGCACCCACAACUGCACAUGCCACAAAGGCUGGAGUGGGGAUGGCCACGUCUGUGUGGCUAUUGACGAGUGUGAGCUGGACACGAGAGGUGGCUGCCACGCCGACGCCCUCUGCAGCUAUGUGGGCCCUGGACAGAGCCGAUGCACCUGCAAGCUGGGCUUUGCUGGGGACGGCUACCAGUGCAGUCCCAUCGACCCCUGCCGGGCAGGCAAUGGUGGCUGCCAUGGCCUGGCCACCUGCCGGGCAGUGGGGGGAGGUCAGCGGGUCUGCACAUGCCCCCCUGGCUUUGGGGGUGAUGGUCUCAGCUGUUACGGAGACAUCUUCCAGGAGCUGGAGGCAAAUGCCCACUUCUCCGUCUUCUACCAGUGGUUCAAGAGUGCCGGCAUCACGCUUCCUGCCGACCGCCAAGUCACAGCCCUGGUGCCCUCUGAGGCUGCCGUCAGUCGGCUGAGCCCCGAGGACCAAGCUUUCUGGCUGCAGCCACGGAUGCUGCCGAACCUGGUCAGGGCCCAUUUUCUCCAGGGUGCCUUCUUCGAGAAGGAGCUAGCCCGGCUGCAUGGGCAGGAAGCGGCCACCCUGGACCCCAGCACACACUGGGAGAUUCGCAACAUUAGUGGGAGGGUCUGGGUGCAGAAUGCCAGCGUGGACGUGGCUGACCUCCUUGCCACCAACGGUGUCCUACACAUCAUCAGCCAGGUCUUGCUGCCCCCUCGAGCGGAUGUGCCUGGUGUGCAGGGGUUGCUGCAGCAGUUGGACUUGGUGCCUGCCUUCAGCCUCUUCCGGGACUUGCUGCAGCACCAUAGGUUGGUUCCUCAGAUUGAGGCUGCCACUGCCUACACCAUCUUCGUGCCCACCAACCACUCCCUGGAGGCCCAGGGCAACAGCAGCCGCCUGGACGCAGACACAGUGCGGCACCAUGUGAUCCUGGGGGAGGCCCUCUCCAUGGAAGCCCUGGGGAAGGGUGGACACCGCAACUCCCUCCUGGGCCCUGCCCAUUGGAUUGUCUUCUACAACCACAGCGGCCAGCCUGAGGUAAACCAUGUACCGCUGGAAGGCCCCAUGCUGGAGGCCCCCGGCCGCUCGCUGAUCGGCCUGUCGGGGGUCCUGACAGUGGGCUCAAGCCGCUGCCUGCAUAGCCACGCUGAGGCCCUGCGGGAGAAAUGCGUAAACUGCACCAGGAAAUUCCGCUGCACUCAGGGCUACCAGCUGCAGGACACGCCCAGGAAAAGCUGUAUCUACCGAUCUGGCUUCUCCUUUGCCCGGGGCUGCUCUUACACAUGUGCCAAGAAGAUCCAGGUGCCAGACUGCUGUCCUGGCUUCUUUGGCACGCUGUGUGAGCCAUGCCCAGGGGGCCUGGGGGGUGUGUGCUCAGGCCACGGGCAGUGCCAGGACAGGUUCCUGGGCAGCGGGGAGUGCCGCUGCCAUGAGGGCUUCCACGGAACAGCCUGUGAGAUGUGUGAGCUGGGCCGCUAUGGACCCAACUGCACCGGAGUGUGUGACUGUGCCCAUGGGCUGUGCCAGGAGGGGCUGCAAGGGGACGGAAGCUGUGUCUGUAACGUGGGCUGGCAGGGCCUCCGCUGUGACCAGAAAAUCGCCAGCCCUCAGUGCCCUAGGAAGUGUGACCCCAAUGCCAACUGCGUGCAGGACUCGGCCGGAGCCCCCACCUGUGUCUGCGCCGCAGGAUACUCUGGCAGUGGCACCUUCUGCUCAGAGGUGGACCCCUGUGCCCAUGGCCACGGGGGCUGCUCCCCCCAUGCCAACUGUACCAAGGUGGCACCUGGGCAGCGGACAUGCACCUGCCAGGAUGGCUACACGGGCGAUGGGGAGCUGUGCCAGGAAAUUAACAGCUGUCUCAUCCACCACGGGGGCUGCCACAUUCACGCCGAGUGCAUUCCCACAGGCCCCCAGCAGGUCUCCUGCAGCUGCCUCGAGGGCUACAGUGGGGAUGGCAUCCGGACCUGCGACCUCCUGGACCCCUGCUCUAAGAACAAUGGAGGUUGCAGCCCUUAUGCCAUGUGCAAAAGCACAGGGGAUGGCCAGAGGACCUGUACCUGUGACACAGCUCACACCGUGGGGGACGGCCUCACCUGCCGCACCCGAGUUGGCCUGGAGCUCCAGAAGGAUAAGCAUGCCUCAUUCUUCAGCCUCCGUCUCCUGGAAUACAAGGAGCUCAAGGGCGAUGGGCCUUUCACCAUCUUCGUGCCGCACGCCUCUCUAACGAGCAACCUGUCGCAGGAUGAGCUGGCCCGGAUUCGCGCGCAUCGCCAGCUGGUGUUUCGCUACCACGUGAUUGGCUGCCGGCGACUGCGGAGCGAGGAUCUGCUGGAGCAGGGGUACGCUACGGCGCUCUCGGGGCACACACUGCGCUUCAGCGAGAGGGAGGGCAGCAUAUACCUCAACGACUUCGCGCGUGUGGUGAGCAGCGACCAUGAGGCUGUGAACGGCAUCCUGCACUUCAUCGACCGUGUCCUGCUGCCCCCCGAGGCGCUGCACUGGGAGCCGGGUGAUGCCCCGGUCCUGAGGAGAAACGUCACCGCCGCUGCCCAGAGCUUUGGUUACAAGAUCGUCAGUAGCCUCCUGAAGAUGGCUGGUCUCCUGCCCCUGCUUCGAGACCCAUCCCAUAGGCCCUUCACAAUGCUGUGGCCCACAGACGCCGCCUUGCAAGCCCUGCCUCUGGAACGCCAGGCCUGGCUGUACCAUGAGGACCACCGUGACAAGCUAGCAGCCAUUCUGCGGGGACACAUAAUCCGCAAUGUCGAGGCCUUGGCAUCUGACCUGCCCAAUCUGGGCCCACUUCGAACUAUGCAUGGGACCCCCAUCUCUUUCUCCUGCAGCCGAAUGCGGCCCGGUGAGCUCAUGGUGGGUGAGGAUGAUGCCCACAUUGUGCAGCGUCACUUGCCCUUUGAGGGUGGCCUGGCCUACGGCAUCGACCAGCUGCUGGAGCCACCUGGCCUUGGUGCUCGCUGUGACCGCUUUGAGACCCGGGCCCUGCGACUGAACAUUUGCAGCAUCUGUGGGCUGGAGCCACCCUGUCCUCAGGGGUCACAGGAGCAGGGCAGACCUGAGGCCUGCUGGCGCUUAUCCUCGAAGUUUUGGACGUCCCCUUCGCUGCACUCUUUGGGACUACGCAGCGUCUGGGUCCAGCCCAAUCUUUGGGGUCGGCCCCAAAGCCUGGGCAGGGGCUGCCACCGCAAUUGUGUCACCACCACCUGGAAACCCAGCUGCUGCCCUGGUCACUAUGGCAGUGAGUGCCAAGCUUGCCCUGGCGGCCCCAACAGCCCUUGUAGUGACCAUGGCGUGUGCAUGGAUGGCAUGAGUGGCAGUGGCCAGUGUCUGUGCCGUUCAGGUUUCGUGGGGACAGCCUGUGAACUCUGUGCUCCCGGCGCCUUUGGGCCCCAUUGUCAAGCCUGCCUCUGCACUGUGCAUGGCCGCUGUGAUGAGGGCCUUGGGGGCUCUGGCUCCUGCUUCUGUGAUGAGGGCUGGACUGGGCCACGCUGUGAGGUGCAACUGGAGCUGCAGCCCGUGUGCACCCCACCCUGUGCCCCUGAGGCCGUGUGCCGUGCAGGGAACAGCUGCGAGUGCAGCCUGGGCUACGAAGGGGACGGCCGCAUGUGUACAGUGGCAGACCUGUGCCAGGAUGGGCAUGGUGGUUGCAGUGAGCAUGCCAACUGCAGCCAGGUGGGAACAGUGGUCAUUUGUACCUGCCUGCCCAACUACGAGGGCGAUGGCUGGAGCUGCCGCGCCCGCAACCCCUGCACAGAUGGCCACCGUGGGGGCUGCAGCGAGCAUGCCGACUGCCUGAGCACCGGCCUGAACACACGGCGCUGUGAGUGCCAUGCAGGCUACGUGGGUGAUGGACUGCAGUGUCUGGAGGAGUCGGAACCACCUGUGGACCGCUGCCUGGGCCAGCCACCACCCUGCCACUCAGAUGCCGUGUGCACUGACCUGCACUUCCAGGAGAAACGGGCUGGCGUCUUCCACCUCCAGGCCACCAGCGGCCCUUAUGGUCUGAACUUUUCCGAGGCUGAGGCAGCAUGUGAAGCCCAGGGAGCUGUCCUUGCGUCAUUCCCUCAGCUCUCUGCUGCCCAGCAGCUGGGCUUCCACCUGUGCCUCAUGGGCUGGCUGGCCAACGGCUCUGCUGCCCACCCUGUGGUUUUCCCUACGGCGGACUGUGGCAGUGGUCGGGUGGGCAUAGUCAGCCUGGGUGCUCGAAAGAACCUCUCGGAGCGCUGGGACGCCUACUGCUUUCGCGUGCAAGAUGUGGCCUGCCAAUGCCGAGACGGCUUCGUGGGGGAUGGGAUCAGCACGUGCAACGGGAAGCUGCUGGAUGUGCUGGCUGCCACUGCCAACUUCUCCACUUUCUAUGGGAUGCUGCUGGGCUAUGCCAAUGCCACCCAGCGUGGUCUCGACUUCCUGGACUUCCUGCAGGACGAGCUCACCUAUAAGACGCUAUUCGUCCCUGUCAAUGAAGGCUUUGUGGACAACAUGACGCUGAGUGGCCCAGACCUGGAGCUGCAUGCCUCCAACACCACCUUCCUAAGUGCCAACGCCAGCCAGGGGAAGUUGCUUCUGGCCCAUUCAGGCCUCAGCCUCAUCAUCAGUGACGUGGGCCCUGACAACAGUUCCUGGGCCCCUGUGGCCCCAGGGACAGUUGUGGUUAGCCAUGUCAUCAUGUGGGACAUCAUGGCCUUCAAUGGCAUCAUCCAUGCUCUGGCCAGCCCUCUCCUGGCACCUCCACAGCCCUGGGCGGUGCUGGCACCUGAGGCCCCACCUGUGGCAGCAGGUGUGGGGGCUGUGCUUGCCGCUGGAGCCUUGCUCAGCCUGGUGGCCGGAGCCCUCUACCUCCGUACCCGAGGCAAGCCCACUGGCUUUGGCUUCUCUGCCUUCCAGGCGGAAGAUGAUGCUGACGAUGACUUCUCACCAUGGCAAGAAGGGACCAACCCCACCCUGGUCUCUGUCCCCAACCCUAUCUUUGGCAGCCAUGACGCCUUUUGUGAACCCUUUGAUGACUCACUCUUAGAGGAAGAUUUCCCUGACACCCAGAGGAUCCUCACAGUCAAGUGACGAGGCUGGGGCCGAAAGCAGAGGCACAUGCAGGGAGGAGAGCAUUUCUAUUGCUUGUCUGGGUGGAUGCCCUGGGUAGACGGGGCAGGAAGGGUAGGGGGGAGCCUGUCCGGGACAAUAAAGGUGCCC